AUGGACUUUAAGGAUAUGGAUCUUGAGCAUAAAGUUCGAACAAUAGAAGACAUCUUCAAGACGAACAUCGCGGAACUUUUCUCUAUUGGACCAGUCGUGAACACGGCAUUCAGGGCCAAGGAACGAGCGAAUAUGGAAAUUGAUCGCGGACCUUGGGUAUCCUCACUGGUUUAUAUACGCGCCCUGGCACUUAGAGAGAUUGCUUGGAUUCAGAAGUAUGCAAAAUCACGUUCUCCCAAUGACCCAUUGUUCGUUUCACAAAAUCUUCGUACUCCAAACGUAUUUGUCAAUGACAAUGGGGAUAUUACCAGUGUUAUCGAUUGGCAAAGCACACGGGCUGACCCCUUAUUCCUUGAAGACCAUCAUCCUCACUUUCUCGAUUAUAAUGGUGAAAUGACUCUACAACUUCCUGAAAACUUCAAGCCGCUUGAUAAAGACGUUCAAACUAUUAUCAAGAACGAAGUCUCCAAGUCGAUAUUAUUGUAUCUCUAUGAAAAGUAUACGGCGGAACGGGGUCCUCGUUUAAGUAGAGUCUUCCAAUAUCCAAAUGGCAGAACACUGACAGAUCCAAUCCUGUUUAUGGUAAACACAUGGGAUAGAGGCAUCUUGCUAUUACAAGAGUCAUUGAUCAGGGUACAAAGGAAAUUCAAAGAAACUGGGAUCCACCGGGCUUUACUGCCUAGUGUCCGAUCCAUUUUCCCUUGGAAAAAAUUCAGAGACAUCAUGAGGAUGGAGAAGGUUGGAAUGAGGAACAGGAAUUUUCGGACUCUAUAUCCGGGUAUUGGGUAG